AUGGCAUCUGCAGCAAGUGAACUGACUUGGUUAGUAAGAUUGCUUGAGGAAUUAUGUGUCUCUGAUUUAAAACCUAUAACUCUGCAUUGUGAUAAUCAGUCAGCCAUAUACAUUGCCAAGAAUCUAGUCUUUCAUGAUAGAACAAAACACAUUAAGGUUGAUUGCCAUUUCACGAGAGACAAGGUUUUGGAAGGAUUAAUUCAGUUGACUUACCUCCCCACUAAGUCACAACUUGCUGAUCUCUUCACUAAGGCCUUACCAUCUCCUCAUUUCAAACACCUAUUGUCCAAUCUAGGCUUGGUAGACACUACCAAUAUGUCUUCUUCUAGUGGUUCUUCUCGUGCCAUUGGGAACUCACAACCUACUAGAUGCUACUGUGGGAUGCAAAUUGCGAUGAUGAGGUCUUGGACCCCCAAAAAUCCUGGUCAUAGGUUCAUGGCUUGUAAAUUAUAUGACAUUGAAAGUGGAAGAAGGGGUUGCUCGUUCUUCAGGUGGAUUGAUGCUGAUCAAGUAGAGUGGCAAAGGGUUACAAUUUAUGAGUUGGUGGAGGCGACGAAGGAACUAAGGAAUGAAGUGAAUGUGCUGAGGAGUCGGUUGAGUAGGUCGGAGUAUGAGAAAUCAUGUCUUGUUGCUGAGUUCGGAUCAGAGGUUGCGAAGGCUGCUGCAAAGGUUGCUGGUGAUGGAUUUGACGGUGGGCAUGUUGGGAGGUUGAAGCUGGCCAAAAAGUGCAGCAAAGCUCAAUUUUUGGCUUUUUUGGUUGUUUUAUUUUUAGGAACUCUAUUUAAGAUUAUGGACUAG